UAUCAAUUUUAAUCAAGACUCUGAACUACUCUGUGUAUCAAGUGACCAUGGAACUGUUCAUAUAUUCGCCAUUGAAGAUCAAAAGAAAAAUAAACAGACAAGCUCAAGCUCAGCGCACAGCUUUCUUCCCAAAUACUUCAGUUCCAAGUGGAGUUUUUCACGGUUUCAGGUCCCUGGAGACCCACACUGUAUUUGUGCGUUUGGCGCUGAAAAGAAUACUGUUAUAGCAAUUUGUGCCGAUGGAAGCUACUAUAAAUUCGCCUUCAAUCCCAAGGGGGAGUGCUCACGGGACGCUUAUGCCCAGUUCCUCCAGAUGACCGAUGGAGACUAGGGAGAGCAUGUCCAAAUAUGGAUCAUGACAUCCAAGGAAAGUUCCAUGUCACUAAAUGUGCCGCCAGAUGAUGAUUUAAAUGAGAUAUAUGAUUUAUAUUUUCAACGUAUAGAAUAUAAUACCAUUGAGAAAACAACAAAUGGAUAGGGUUGGACCAGAAAGAGCAAUUGUGUCAUUGAGGCUUAUUUUUUAGAUUCAUCCGUUUUUCAUCUCAACAGUUUUCUUUUUAAAACAUCCAUGCUCUGUAAUGGAUCAGUAUAAAUAUAAACUUAUUAAAGCACACACAUACUAGUGAACUCACAGUAUAUGGGCGAGGUAUACAGGCCGGGAUGUAACACAUUCUUUUUAAAAUCGCCUAGCAUAGACACCUAGUGAGCGGUCACUUCUGAGCCUUAAAUAUUAGUCAUACGUGCGCUUUAUAGUAGUGCUCGUAUACAAUGUGCCAAGAAGAAGAUGUAUGUACCAAUGAAUGAGUUUUAUGUUCGAUCUUCUUUUACGCGAGGUAACGCCAUUUCUCAAUGACGUAAGCAUUACUCGUUUAACUGAGUAGCAAGUGCAAGAAGAUUAGAAAAGGAGGAAGCAGAUGAGACGGCGCAUGCGCCCAGGGAAAGAGCUGACCUCACCAGUCAGCCGUGUCAGGUUGUCUGUAGUCUUUUCUAAUGUGCUUGCGCCCGUUUGUGACACUGAAGGCCGAAACCAUAGCACGAUGCAUCAGUUUGCAUGCUGGCAUGGUGUAAUACAGUUUCUUAGUGAGAGGAGUUUAUUUUCUAAAAUAAAUAAAAUGAACAACUGUA